GUGACUGCUUCAUUGUCCACUUCAGACGCGCAAUAAUCUUAUUUUUCGUAUAUUUUUCAGGACAAUAUGGUCACACUGCACAUGAUGCUCACUUCACCGCAUGUAGUGGAUUUAAAGCCAAUGGUCGAGACGUGGAUAACCAAUUUGCAAGAAAUAGAAAACAUAAUUGACAUUUGGGCGGAUUGCCAGAAGAAGGUACAACAGUAAAACACCCUUGUUAAGCAAUGGUGGCGCAGUGGUAGGAGCACUCGUCUCCUGCCAAUGUCGCCUGUGGCUAAUGUUACCUCUUAUGUUGGUUUGACUUGACUUGUAAAAUUCAAUAAGCAUUUCUGCUUUCUUUUACUGUAGUGGCUUUACCUCAGUAAUGUAUUUGCGGAACCUGAGAUAAGAAAGUCAUUGGAGGAAAGUAACCGGCGAUUUCUUGAAGUUGAUGAAAAGUACAGGGUAAGUUAGGUCUCCUGUCAGUUAGUAGUGUAUUUAAACCGAAAUGAAAUAAUCCCAUGUCAUAUUCGUUAAGAAAAAAUAUCAAUAGGAAAACGCAUCAAGCGACAAGCAAAAUCUCACAAAAUAAGCUGUGAAAUAUAGCAAAGGAUGUCACAUCAUCUUAGUUUCUUUCAAGGUUUGCUUUGUUGAAAUCGAUUUGUUAUUUGAAAGUAACGAUUUCUGUGGAGGGAGGGAGACUAAACAGCUCCUAAACGAAAAAAGGGUUGAGACAAAGGAAUAGGUAUGUUUUCUAACUCUACUUGUCUUUACUUGCGUUGAAGUGUUGAAGUACAGUAACGUUGUUGUUAGCUUGAAUGGACACUGUCGUAUGAGCGAGUACCUUUUUAUCUUAAUUUGAUCUACAGGUUAUUUCUACAAACGUUCAUUUCUCUCCUCCAUUAGGAAUAUGUUCAAGUAAUUCUGAAGGAUCCAAAAGUGAUGUCUGUAUUGCCCUUAAAGAAAAGAGGACAGAAAGGCUGGCGUGAGCUGCAAGGUGAUGUCCUCAGAGGGCUCUUACUGGAGCUCAUCAGAAAAGAGGUAGCUACGCAAUAGAACUGAAUACUUCAAAGUUUUUGGUGUUGAGUGAAAUGCACCUUCCUUUGAGGGUGGUUUAAAAAAUUUUUCACUUUGUAUCUUGAUACAGGAAGAGCUGAUCAGACUGGUAGAGAAAUAUAUUGAGAAAACCCGUGUUGAAUUUCCACGGCUCUUCUUCCUUAGUGACAAUGACCUACUCGGUCUCCUGGCCUGGUCUCGUAAUCCCAAGGAUUUACUUCCUUUCGUUAGGAAAUGCUUCCCUGGUAUAAACAACCUUCAAUUCACUUUGCCAAGGGACGGCAACUUGAAGCUGGCUUCUUCUCUGGACACAGCACUUAAUGGUACUCUAUACCUAUUUUUCCCAGAACGUAAUCAGCAUAAGUUUGAAUCAUCAAAGUAGUCUUUGGCAAAUGUUUCUUGUCCCUUUGUGGGCCUCUUGACAUUGAGUUGGAGUAACGAAAACCUGAUAAAGAUUGACCUACUGGAAACACUUUAAAUGAUAAAACCCUUUAUUAUAUGGCUGAAGAUGGAGCGAGACCUGUGAUCAGAUUGGCUUCCCGAAUGGGCAAGAAAAGAGAAAAAGGUCUCUUUUUGGCCAUAUGAUAAAUCCUUUAUCUUCGUCUCUGUCCAAAAAGCGCAAAAAAGAACUUGGCCAAAAUCCAGCAAUCUCGACUGAAAACAGGCUUGGUCAAUAACGCAUAUGAAGUGCACACCGGUAUGACAAACGUCAUGCUUUGCCUCUACUGCUAACGAUUUUUUCACCCGCAUGAAAUUAUGUUUUAUCGGGUCCCACAGUAGCUGGCAACGAAAAUGACUACCGCGAUGAUUUUCAAAAGGUAGCUAUAUUGUGUAGACAACAUUGGAAAUUUUCCAAAAAUAUCGUGAAUCGCUUUGUUUUUAAUUGUGGGUUUUCAUUGACAAAGGGAUCUCAAAGCAGACAUACAUUCUAAAAUUGGCCGGCUCGCAAGGUAAUUUAGUUUCUCAGAUAAUCUGAAUGACUAAUCCUACUCUCGUAUUCUUUCAGCGCACCUUCUUCAAGUCACUGCUCUUGAAGGAAUGCUUGAGGAGGUGCUUCCUUUGAUAUCAGUCAUCCCUGCUUCCCCUAGACCUCAGGGUUGGCUUGCUACUUUAGAAGAAAGGAUGAGAAAUGCGCUUGUUAAAAGUCUAGCAGAAUGUGUCCUAAGGAGGCUGAGUGGAAAGGAAAAUCCUAGCGACCUUCUAGAAUUGAUGACUACUGAAGGUUAGACGAUGUACAAUGGAAUCUCUUAGUCACUUUAAGAUGUGUGUUUUGUAAGCUUAUUAUCUGUUGCUGUCUCUAUAGGCACAUAUAGUGCAUAUCAAGAUCACACGUUGCUAAAGUUCCCAAAUCAGUGCAUCCUGACAACUGAAGCCAUUAUGUGGAGCAAAGACAUGAGUGAGGCCCUACAGAAUGGAAGUUUGCGAGGAUUGUCUGACCUUAAGUAUGUAUUUUUGGAUGUUUAUGUUUUGGGAAGCCUCCCGAUUCCUGCCCGUUUCUUCCUGCUCUAUCCACAGACAAAUCUGAAUGUUCUAAUGCGGACUCGUUACAUGCGGUGUGUUCACGUUUUUCUAUUCGAGUGCUCUGUCAUUUGCUUUUUUUGAACUCAUUAAUGCAUGUGCAACAAUUUGUCAGAGUAAGUGUCAUCUCGCAGUGGAUCUGCACCCAGCCAUAGCAGCCGCUCUUUUAAAACUUAAGUCCAUAAUCCUUUGCGAGUGCCGUUUGCCUACUAAUACUACUGGUACUGGUACUUUCUUUAAUUCAUUGACCGUCAUGGAGUAACAAUUUUCCUCCUUGUUUCGUUUCCCUUCCACUGAUCACCCAUCCAUUGCCUUUAGGAAAUCCCUUGCUGGAUUUAUGGUUGAUCUCUCAGGGGCUAUCAGAAAGAACAUGGAAUGUAACAACACUAGUCUCAUAAGUAAUCGUCUUGAGUUACUACUUGCUGCUCUAGCUGCCAUGACAAUACACCAAAGGGAUACUGUAACCGGUUAGUAUUUUUUGGUUGUAUAAAAUAUCACCACCAACACAAAGGAAUGUUACCUCAAUCUCUAAGAGCCAAAUAUUUAAACGAAGACAAACUUAAGCCGCGGUUUAACAAAUCUUUGAACCUCUAGAUCUCUUCUUUGGUGUGUUGUUUUAAGAAGAUAAAUGCUUUCCUAGUCUUCUCUAUAUGCUUUCACAAAACUGUUCACAAUAAUUGAUGUGUAGAUAAAAUCGUUGGGCGAGUUCAAAAUGACUUAGAACGCGGUUUUGUUAAACACUGACUAAACUACGUUUAAAUAUUUUGCCCUAAAUGUUUACUGAUGACCUUGUAAAUAAGUUAGAACUGUGGAUGAUUCCAGGUUGACACUUGUCAGUAACAAGGUGAUGGAAAAUCAUAAUAUCAUUUCUGCAGCAUCAUAUGAGAGAAAGUCAAUAACAUCUGCCUCCGCGGAAUAUCACUUUUCCCUCCUAUUAUACACUUGACGGACUGAAUUAACUAGCUGUGCCACAAAUCUUGACGAAUUUUCAAAAAUGACAUCUUAAGGGCUGGCCAUUGAACACGCCUUAGAGUUUGCUCCAUGUUUUUGAGGACAUGUUAAGUUUCUAGUUGUAAGCUUGCUGUGUGAGUGUGUAGAGUGACGCUUUUCCAGACGGAUAGAAUUUUUAUCUGAUAGUUGCAGUGAUACAAACAACGAUGAAGAUUACGAAUGAUGACUAUCAUGUUAAUGAUGAUGCUGAACAUUUUUUGUACAGACUUCAUGAAACAAGGAAUCACAGACGUAAACAGUUUUGAAUGGGCCAGUCAGCUUCAACACCAGAUAGAAAUCAAGCCUGUACUUAGCUCUUCUUAUCAAGGAGAAAACAACGACUCAUCUUGCACAUCCAAAACUAUCCCCAUCAAUCGUCUCUAUGAGGUCGGGCGGUGCAGCGUUCGGCAACUUGGUACUAGCUUUGUUUAUGGCUAUGAGUACCUUGGUCCCACUCCUCGCCUUGUUGUUACACCUUUGACGCAGAGAUGUUUCCUGACUCUAACCAUGGCUUUGCGGUCCCACCAGUGUGGGGUUCCUGUGGGACCUGAUGGCAUCGGCAAAACAGAAACUAUUAAAGAUCUGUCUAAGGUAUGGUACCAUUGUUUUGCAUACUGCAGAAAAUGAGAGGGGGAGAGGGACUGGAACUCAUACUAGCCCAUUAGGAAUCCUCUCUUUUUGUGACAUUUCGAAGUGUCCGUUUAGUUUAUGCUGCUCAGAGUCAUUUCACUCUUCAGUAUAAAGCUUUGUUUCGAUAGAACUCAGGGGAAAAAGCAAAAAACACAUUAAAGCUUGUUUCCCUUUUUUCUUAGCGAUAAUGUUUUUUUUGGAAUAGUCGUCAGUGUAUUUUAAAAUGGUCUACCGUUCAUCGUUCGGUUUUCAGGAAUUCUCUCGAAGCUUGCCCUUAUUCUCACAACAGUUUCAAACUCUCCGGAGUUUUUACCUCUGGAUGCCCAAAGCUUUAAGUUUAAAAGGAUACAUGGUUUGAAUGUCAGGAAUUUGAUUUGAAGAUUAGGUUAAGUUUGUUCGGUAAGUAACAUGCAUUUAACAGGGCAGUUCGUUUGUUUUUUAUUCCUUUAGGCCUUUGCAAGGCACCUGGUGAUGUUCAACUGUUCAGAGCAGUUAACAAAUUCCAUGCUCGUCCGUUUCCUUUAUGGCAUGGUUAGGUCAGGUAGCUGGGCGUGCUUUGAGAAUGUGGAUUGUUUAGGUCCUGGUAUCCUUUCCUGUCUUGGCCAACAUCUUUCUACGAUCAGAACCUCACUGAAAUGUCUGGAAGAGUUGGUGACGACUCAGUACACUGCAAGAGGUUUUCAUAAGCCAGGCACUCAAGAGGUAAUGUUUAACAGGAUUUCAGAAAUUUGCAAAGGAAAAACACGUUAUUUACUUGGUAUCUUGUGUUUGUUUUUUUGUUCCUGUUUUCAUUGCCUUUUUUUCUUUCCUUGACUUUACAGGCUGACAAUGUUAAGAGAAGAAGCAGCAUAACUACUCUACAUUCACUUCCUAAUGAACCAUUUAUACCUGGCUCCAAGCCAGAUUCCUUAUUGGUAAGAAAUGAGUUAAGUUCGAAGUAGUGUGACCAAGAAAUGAGACGUUUGUUCCCUGCAUGAAAUUAACUGUAAUAGCUUAAGAACAGCAAGAACCCACAUACGAAGGAGUGGGGGCUAUCCAAAUGAAAGGUGGAUGAAGAGUAGUGGCUAAAGAACUAUUCAUAACUUUUCAAACUUGCACUACUAAGAAGUGCUAGUUUAGAUUGGCUUUCAUUGAUGAUUGUAGUGUUCAGUCACUACGACGUUGUUGAACUUAAAGUGAGACGCCUGCAUGGCAACAAGGAGGGCAUGAAGAAGUCCACAUAAAGUGUGUUAACCAGUAUGUAUCUAUGAAUCUAUGAUCUGUACCUAUCUUUAUCUAUCGAGUGCGUAAAAUGUUCUUUAGAAUAAAUACAGUUGAACGUCCGCUAACGGCCACCUCUCUACACCGGCCACUUUUUUCGUCCCGGCGGACAAAAAAACCGAUACAUUGACUCGUGUUUAAAAUCUCUCUUCAACGGCCACCUCUUUGCAACGGCCACUUUCUGCUGUCCCCAAGGUGGGCGUUGUAGAGAGGUUCAACUGUAUGCUUGUUGAUUUACGAACAUUCAGGCAACAGGGCUGUGUUCCUUGUUUGUUUCAGGGAAAUCACCUCGACAAAGGAAGAAGACAUCACGUUGUUUUAGAAGGAGGUGACCUCCAAGAAGCAGAUUACUAUAGUGAUGCCACUCGUGUCUCGUCUCUGGAAGAGCAGAGUAAACUUCAAGAAACAUUUCAAGACAGAGUAGAAAUCGAACACAAAAAGGAACUCAGAUGCAAAGAGUUUAAGAUGCCCCUACUCGGUAACAUUGUGUUUGAAGGACAGCUUAUGCCCGCCAGUGAGAUGUAUGGUUGUUUUAUGACUAUGUCUAAGAGUUACAGUUUGACUGCUGAUCUGCCUGAAAAUUUUCGGGUAAGUUCCCUCAUGAAACUUGUAAUGAACAGUUUUCAGUUAUAUUUUGCGACGAAUGAAACCUUUAACCAUUUUCAAAUCGUGUCAGUUGAUAACAUAAUCGAGUUAUCUUCCAACACUUCGUAAUCAAGUUAAGAGAGAGCCCUGCAUAUCUCUAGAUUAUGCCUUCGUUUUAACGUCCCUAUUUUUAAGCAAUUUUGCAAACGCGUUUUGCAUACGAAAAAAUAUUUCUCUUGGUGAUCUGUUGAAUAUGACAAGUCAAAUGACUGUUCACUCCGUGGGAGCAAAAGAAAACGUUUUCCUUUUCGUAGUUAUUCUUAAGGCGCUUAUGCAUAUGUAAUGUUUUUGCAAACGAUCCUGAAGUGGGUUCAAAUCUUAGCACAGUAUCUAUCAGCAGCUUUAUUACACAAGUGUAAUACAGGCUGAAGACCCUGACGUACGGUCAUAGAUAUCUUUGAAACCUACACUGCGCAGAAGCUGCUGUCACUCAAAUGAAUGAUCUUAUAUCCCAGGCACAGCUGAGACCCGUGUCGAUGGUUUUUCCUGAUUGCCGCCCUGUGGUUGAAGUCUGGUUGGUAGGAUGUGGUUUUACAGAAGCUAAACCUCUCUCUACAAAGAUGGACACCUUCUUCAAGUUAAUCAACCAACAGGUUAAACAUAAUACCAACAGUUCAUGUAUGAGCAUGAGUAUGAUAUAGUAAAUAAUUUUAGCACUAUAUUAUAUAGGAGGAAAACUGAGAUUGUGAUUAUUACUGUAAUUAUGAUCGUCAUUAUUUGGAUGAUAGUUAUCUGGAUUAUGACAAAGAUAUUUUUCUGUUUUGAAGGUUUCUUGUCAGCCACAAUACUCAUUUGGAUUGCGUAGCAUGAAGAUGGUGACUUUACUGGCUGGAAAACAGUUACAGAGGGAUGUGGCCAAAAAGAGACCCAAUACAAUGGGUUCUGUCAGAGAAGAAUCCUUGUCCAAUCUGAAUGGUGAUACAGGUCUGUUAUUACGUCAUUUUAAAGGGGAGGCGUCCCAGGUGUCAUAACUCCUGCCUUAUUUUUCUCGCGACGUUUGGCAAAUUGCAAUGAUGUCAUUGCAUACACAACUUAAUGGAGUCCAACAGGACCGAAGCUUAAUAAAAAUUCUGAAGCAGUGAGCUCUUCGCUGCUAGCUCCUUUGCCGGAUUGAGAUGUGCGUCUAUCAGAAGGUUAUAACGUCCUUUCCGUUCCCGUGUCUUGUGCACGAGAGACAAUAGGUAGCUGGUGAAAGAGAAGGUUUGAAGUUCUAUUUGAUUGAACGUUUGCUGUCCUCCAAAGUUGUCUGGACCAGCGGGCGUUGGGCUUGAGGGAGGGACGGGGCUGUUUAUAGUGAACUGCAAAUUUAUAAGGCAUGAUAUUCCUGGCGUAAGGCGUUGUUGGUUUCUGCAAUAGCACAGAUUUAUUAUGAUAACAUGAGCGGAGGUCUGACGGAGGUGAUAUGCUUAGAUACCUGCUUGUCAAGACGUAUCGCCAGUAACUAGGUAACUAUGAAAUAAAUGGUGAAAUAAAAGUACCUAUAUGAGUUGUAUGAAAGUAGAUCAUCGCAGUUAUAGACGCAACUUUUGCAGUUGCGAAAAGACUACUGAUGAGUUUGCUCAGUUCUUCUCUAGUUGUUUUUCUCAACUAAUCCUCAGUCUCUUUGGCGUGUUGUUUUUCAGCAUUGGAGAGAAAAACAAAAAGUCCAUUUCUUGAAACACUCGAACGACGCCAAUCUGAGGAGAAUGCAGUCGUGCACUCACUUUUCACUUACUUUGGAAACAAACUGUUGUUGGAAGACAAGGAGUUGUUUUCUCGUGGAGUGGAUGAAGUGUUUGCGCACAGUGUGUUGAUGUCUGUAUCAACUGAAGGAGACCCACUUCUGGUGGAACAAGUUAAAGAGCAUCUUCAAGCAAAUGGGCUCCAAGUCAGACAGGAAGUAAUAUCCAAGGUAACUUUUGUUGUUGUUUUUGUUGGUAUUUGCUGUUAUUGUUCAGUUUUUGUGCAAUGUUUGAACUGUUGGAAGCAUAUAUUUUUUAGAUUGAAAACUAAGUAGCUACAUUUUUAAUGGGCAAUCGAAUUUUGCAACAGGAUGUACAGAUUAGUUUGAGGCCUUUCAUUACCGUUUCUUUUUUUUAAUAUUUCUACCUGAUAUACUUCGUCUGUAGAUUCUUCAACUUUACACCAGUCUUCAGACUAGCCGUAGUGUGAUUCUUCUCGGUUGUCCAGGCUCUGGCAAAUCCACUAUAUAUAGUACACUGGCAAGUACCUUAAACACUUUGAAUGGAAAAGCAACUCAAGCUGUUGUGAAAACACGAAGACAGACAGUUGCAGGAAGAAAAAUCAGCAAUGCUUUAAAACAGGCCAAGGCCCCAGUAGAAGAGAUCAAAGAUGUUCUGUGGCCUCGAGUGGAUCUCUCAGUUGUGUUCCCAAAAUCACUGACAUGUGAAGAGGUGAGUUAUGAGAUUUAUGGAAUCGCAAAAAUCCCGUCAGAUCUUAGACGAACCUAUUCACAGUAUCGUUACUUUGGGGUACAAGAGAGUAAUUCAAAUGAAGGCUAUGGGCAACUCAAACGUGUAUUUUUCACAUUUUCAAUGCCUAGCAGAUGACGUAAGCAGUGCUUUUGUUUUCAAACAAAUAUUAAGUGAAUGAUCAUGACACAAAUCCUCGAUCAAAACGCUUCUUGAACACAAGGUAAUGACAACAAGUGAAACCAUUGAAUACAAGACUCAAAUAAUCAAUAUGUGUUGAUGUUAAUAGGACUUGGAAAAUUUUUAUUAUUUUGACAGUUGUUUGGAAGGCAACUACCAGAUAAUAACGUCUGGGUUGAUGGAGUGGUAUCAAAGUGGCUGCGAGACUCCACUCUGACCCACGAUACCAUGGCUGAGCUUCUCACGAGUCAGUUCUCAGACAAGCAGAGAAUUGCUCGGAUGAUGGGAUCAUUGUCACACGUGAAGAAGUGGUUGGUUCUGGACGGACCAAUGGAUGACACAUGGCUUGAGAACAUGGGAACUUUGCUGGAUUCAACCAGGGCAUUGAAUUUGGCAAGCGGAGAAACCAUCAGCCAACCAGGUGAGCUUAAGCUGUCAUUCAAUGUGUCUAUUCUAGUAGUAGGGGGCAUAAAUUUCCUCGUGUUCGCCAAGACUUGAAACGGUCUCCCACUGGAAGCAUUAGGCUGAUUUAGCAACAGAGCGGGAACGUCAGUUGACGACGGCGUGCGCAAAUCAAACAACUGGGUUGAUUAAUGGCUGUGCAGCAAAUUGGGCACUGGAAGUCGGGUUUAGUCCUUUCUGCGCGCUUUUCCGUCGUCAAAUGACGUUCCCGUUCUGUUGCUAAAUCAGCUUAUUGGUAUAAUUAAGGGACGACUGCAUGUAGUUUCCUCUUGGGGACAAAACGAUCUUCUUUUUCCCUCUAAAUAGCUGCAGCAUGUUAUCUCUUGUCAAGUCAACAGUCUUACAUUUUUAAGAAGAUUUUCCACUGUUGUUGUUGUUGUUCCCAAGACGUAAUGUGUAAUUUGGAUCUUUCUAUGUUUUCAGAGACUGUAACUCUCCUGUUCGAGGUAACGGAGCUUGGUCAUGUGUCUCCAGCACUGGUGACUCGCUGCGGCCUGAUCCACUGCCCUGAAACAACUGUUGGCUGGAAGUCCAUCUUUAGGUCUUGGAUGAAAGGAGCUCAUGCAAAGUGGGACAUCACCAACAGAGGGCAAGCAACCAGUUUUGCAUUUUUAGUCUCGCCAGUAUCGAUCAAAUGUUAUAUAUAUACUUGGUUUUAACCGUAGGUAGCUUGAAUAUCAAGCGAUUCGUGGGGAAAGGGGCAAAGGAGAUGCGAAAAGAGAAGACAGCAAAGGAAACGAAACUCUCUCUGUUCUCGUCUUCCUCUGGCCUCCACCUUCUAAAAUCUCCUCUCCUUUAACCCUUAUGGAAUGCCUGAUACUAGGGUCUAGACCUUAAGAAACCAAAAUUGAUGGACCAAAUGUCAGCGCAGUGGUCUCAAGUGAAUGAAUGAACUUUUGUCUUUGUCAGCAAGCAGAUCAUUUGUGCUUAAAUUUCUCCUAUGUAUCCUUAGAACUAUUUGGAAAACUGUUAACUAAGGACUGAGAGUGAAACGUUAUGUUUACCUCAACUGAAAAUGAUAAAGAUAAUCGAAGAUGUUAAUAUUUGUGGAUUUUCAGGUUAGGUAUCAUCUCUAGUUUAAUGGAUCAUACAGUGGACUCAACUUUGAAAUUCCUCAGCAACAACUGUCAGUCAGUCCUUAUAGAAGGAUAUGGCGCAGUCAGAAAGCCAUCCAAAACAGCUGCUGGAAUAUAUGAGGUCCAAACACUGCUACGAUAUCUGUCCGCCAUCUUUGACAGACAUAUUCUUCGGCAAGAUGAUGACAGUACAAUUCACAUGAUGCAAAGGCAGCGGCAGUCUGUCAGUUCCACCAGCAGCAGGCAGAGCUCAGGGAUCCCAGCCAGUGACACAGGGAAGGUCACCAGCUCUUUUGCAUUUGCCUUUGUGUGGGCAUUCGGUGGUCACUUACAUGAAAGGUAUGACAAAUGGAUCAUUUUCGUCUUCAUUAAUCACAAAAGCAGUGCAGUAUAAAAUACCCAAACAAACAUCCUCUCUCCAUGGUCUAAUAACUCCCAAAGCUGUCAAGUUUGUUUAUUCAAAGAAUGUGUUGUUAUUUUAUGUACCAAAUUUUCAUCCCUGAACCGACAGUGUAAUAACAUAUUUAUCAUGUUCAACCCUGUAACUCCCAAGAUCUGGCUAGUAAUUCUCCUCUACGGCUGUUAUGCUUUUCUUUUUUUCUUUUUACAUUAGGGCUUAUUAGUAAAUUUAUAAUUUAAAUUAAACAAUAAACUUGUAUUCGAAUUCCAUUAGAAAAAAUAAACAAAUUGCUCUCAUUCAAUAUUCAUAAACUGUUAAAAAAAUUUUCCAAAAUCACCUAUACUGGCCAUCGGUUCUCACUUUUGUAGCGCGAGCUGUAGCGAGUGUUUGAAUGAACAUUAACAGAGUUACGCUCCAAGAUAAUAAAGAAUUUAUCAUGUUUAUUUUUAUUUGAUGGUUUAACGCAGCGGCAUUUUGAGAACUCCUGCAAGCGAUGUUCACUGAACGACUGAAAACAAUCGGCAUAGCGAUUAAAAUUGCAAGAGAGACUACUAACAAUCAAUAAAAGAAAUAUAAUUCGGUGAAACAUAAACAGAGACAACAAUUUUCAUUCAGGAAGACAAGUAUUAAAGUGUCCCUAAAUAUCCUGAAUCUUCAAGCUUCAAGCUUAAGUUUGCUGAAGUUUAUGUUUUAAGCCAGCUUCCCGGUGUUUGUUUUUUUUCAAAGACGAACUCGAGGCAAGAAAAUCGCUCAAAGCUUUCUUUUCCGGCUGGAAUUAUAACUAAAGAUUCUUUGGAACAUUUUCUUUCUAUUUGCGGUGAGAAACUGUCUAAAGGCUUUUUAAAGUUCUGUAAGAUUAUAUCAAACCAGAUACUCGGUGAGAUCGUUGUCUCAAAUCUUACAAACGCGCAUAAACUAAAUCCCGCAUAAACUACGCUCCACUUCAUUAAAUUAGAUAAAAACAAACAUGAAAUACAAUAAUUUCUCUGGCUUACCAUUCGAGAUGCAGCUCCUGAAAGUUAUCAGGUAAAGCCAGUAUCGCUUCAGACUUUGCAAUCCUCUUACGCAUCAAGCAAGGUGAAAACGAAAACGAUGCCAUCCGAGAUCGGAUUUCCGACUUUGAUAAGCGACGUUUUCUCAACCAAAAACCCAAUAAACAAACUAGCCAUGAGUAACAGAAGACUCCUGAUAGCAGCUGAAUUUCAUUUUGUACAUCCAGUGGAAAAAGACAGUUAAAAACAUCACAAGUUGACACAAAACUCUGUCAGCUUCAGCUGUUAAAGUAAACAAGAUUCAAGAUGCUGCAUAAAUUUUGCGCAUGAACUCACCUGUCUAAUUUUGACCAAUCAGAGCAUAAAAAUUGGACGUAGAGCGUGACCAACGCGUGACCAUUGUGAGAAAAAACAAAAGCAACUGUCUUCCCUGCCUGUAACAGCUGGCUGAAUUUUCACGUCCGAGGUCAGUUUGCAAUCAAAAUUUUAAUUGUGCAGCACAUAAACACAACAUAUUUCAUAUGAAUUAAGAAAAAAAAUUGAACUUGAGCCUGCGAUCACUUGAAAACUAGUAUACUUGUCAGCGGAUAACUUCAAAAAAUACUUGACCUCGACGGGUCGACACCUGAGCCCGCGAUACGGUCAAGUGAUACUGGUCAGCGGGUACUCUGUUUUGACAGCUGUCAAUUGAUCAAAACAUUGAUGUCCAAUAUGUGUGCAUUAUCAGUUUUCCUGUGCUCCCAAACUAGUAAAAGUAUGAGAUUGAACGUUGUUCGCGAUCUAGUAAAACAGCCGCUAUUAUGAUAAUGUCCCGUACUCUUAUCAUCUGCCUUUUGGACAAUGUAUUUGGUAUUACAAGGAGAAGUUACAUGCAGAUUACUUCUAGGAGUUAAAGAGUUAAGAAAUGAUCCCAGCUGAUAGAGCACUGUCCCAGCUGUACUACUUUCGUAAUUUAUUUCAGUUCACAGCUCAUGUAUCCACGGAAAUUGACCUGUAACUUCUUCAGUUCGUUAUUCGGUGCUUGUUGGGCAUGUAUUUUCUCUCUUAUUUUUGUUGGAGUUACCUUAUUCGUACUUAAUUUCGUGAUUUUGGAGAGACAGUAUUUCGUGGGGUUUUAUAUUCGCGACCUCAAUAGGCAGUUACCAAAAAAGGACAAUAAAUUUCGCGAUUCAAGCUUUCUCAACUUCAUUUAAUGUUUCGAAAAAAUGGAACCUUUUUAUAUUUCGGAUAAACUGAAACAAUCAGAUGAAGAUGAAAGAUAGAUGAGGGCUGUACUCCAUAUGUGAAAUCUUUGCAAAUUAACUUUAUUUUACAACAGAAGAUACAAAAUGGACCUUAUCAGUAAAACCAGUCAAUAAUUUGUGUAUUUGUCGAUGUAUAUAUCCUGUAUAUAGUGUUGUUAUUACUUUUUUCUGUGGUUUGAAUUUUCCAUAUGGGUAUUAAUUUUCGCGUAUUUAAAAUUCGCGAGGAUUUUUGUUCGCGGGUCUUUUUUUUUACAAUCGUGAAAACGCGAAAGCAAAAUUAAUUACCAAUAAGGUACAGGGUGUUUACAUUUUCCGUUGCUUUUUUUUAGAUACGCACCCAAGUUUGAUGAGCAUGCGCGGCAGCUGUUGUCCUCAGGCCCUUAUCCUGUGUUUGUACCUCCUGAUGGGUCAGUGUAUGAUUACUCUUUAGACUUCAUAAAAGGUGCACUGGCCAAAUGGGAUGAACGACCCGGGGCGCAGUUCAAGACACUGCCCUCAUCAUACACUGUUGUCUCUGAGGUAAAAUACAAAAAACCCUCUUAAGACUAGUAAUAACCAAAGGUUACUGAGUGCGGGCGACAACGAUGGAAGGUCAAAACGCUUUCGUUCUAACGGUGUGCUUUGCGUAAGUUUUACGUGACAGAUAGCCAAAACACGCCUAAUCAGAUUACGAGGGGUAGAUGGUCGAAACGCGCGUGAUGAAAUUGCGUUGUGUGCAUUCUAUUCAUUCUUAGUGGAAGUUCAAACGAAAGCUGGCUACAUACAUGCGACGCAUGCGUAAUAACAGCCUGAAGAUUAGGAUUGCGGGCUCCUCUUGCAGCCCUCAAUCUCUUUUUCAAGAGAGAAUAAAGGUACAGAGAGUAAAACGCUCAGUCUAGCCCUUGGGAUAUGUGAAUUUCAUCAAAGUUAUUUUUAGACCAAUUAAACCCUUGAAAUUAAUUGGAAGUUGGUUUCCGGAGAGGUCCGCAUACUAGGGGUCAUUAUGCUGUCUUGGUGUGUCUUGGUGAUGCAGUCGCGCGUGGACUUGAUGGCCGACUUGAUGAGCAUUCUUUCACGCGUGAUUAGUGCGCGCACAUUAAAAAUGGCUGCUCCUUUUUAUCACCUUUGUAUUCUAGUUCUUUAUGGAGAACUCAUACCGUCGUCGUUUCUAAAUUGAAUAAGCCCCCCGUCUAUAUUAAGCCCUCCCGCAAAUGAGCUUGAAAUAAAUAAGCCCUCGCGGGGGCUAAAUAGAGGGUUUACGGUAUGUUUAUAUACAUAUCGGACUGUGCAUUUUGUAUCUUGUAGUUGGACCGGUACUUCUAUUUGAUGGACCUGAUGGUGUCUUCCAGUCAGCCAGUGCUUUUAGUUGGUUCCACAGGAAGUGGAAAAACCUCACUUAUGCAGGUUAUGCAUACCUUUUUUUCGAUUUGAGAACUUCGUUAAGAUCAGAAACGUGAUAAAAUGAAAUUAACGUUAAAAUGUAACGUGAGGCAUGUUAACUUAAAACCAUUUUCAUGCAUGUCACAAGGGACGAACUCCACUUCCAUGGCCCAAAUCAUUUAUGACUAGUUUUCUUGAGUUGGGGAGACCUUUCAAAAAACAUUCGGCCAUUAUUUUGCUCUUGCAGACAGUUAAAGCAUUCCUCUACUUUCCGCAAAUGUAUGAUAGUGUCUUCACGGCAGCUAGGUGUGCAAUUUAAGCUGAGUUGCGAAAAAGCUCUCAGAUUAUUCCUGAUAUAUUUUUUCUGUAACCAACAGAAUUUGAUUUAUCCACGCCAUAACUUUACUCGAAUAUGCCUCUCGCCUGGUUUAACGUCUAAACUGCUACAGGAAGCGAUUGAGCACAAACUUCAACUUAUUCAACGAAAGGAAAUGAAUCAGAUGGCUCUUCAAAAGUCGUUAGCAGCUAACGCUCCAACAUCAAAAAAUCUUCCCGGCGUUAAAUCCCGCACUCAGCUGCUUUUUCUGGAUGACCUUAACUCUGCUGAUGUGGAUGAGUUUGGUAUUCAACCUCCGCUUGAGCUUCUCAGGCAAAUUCUCUCGCAAGGUAAUAAUAUCCCUGUGACCUUGUAAUAGGACAUAAUUAAACUUCCCGCAAUCGACUACUCAAAUACCUUUAUUUGUUUGAUGUUUACGAAAAGUGAUAGCUUACGAGAGAUUGAAACUUUAGUCCUUUGACUUGGAAGACUGAUUUUUGAUUUGGGUCCAUAAACCAGCCUUUCAGUGAUCCAGUGUUCUUUAGUAUUGAUUCGGCCAUGAUAUACAUCUGGGAAGUGGAGGAAAUUGGGCUAAUCUUGCGUGGGUUUAAACAAUUAACAAAGUAAAUAAUUUAGCAAAUAGUUUCAAUGUAGCUGGUAAUCGUUGUUUAGUGGAACUUCGUCCCUAUCAGCACACACACUCUCUCUCUCUCUCUCAUUCGCUACUUCGAGUUCACAUGGUCAUCUUAAAAUGAAAUGAGCGGUCACUUUAACCAAAUCUAUGACGUCAGUAUGUAACACUGCGAAUACUGAUAGAAGAUCGAUCAACGUUAUUGUGUUGAUCAUAACAAAUCACUUUAUGGUUGGUCCUAUUGAAAACCAGUUACUUUGUUUCAAAUAAACACUUGUAGUAAAUUGAGAUUUUCUAUUCCAGGGACGCUGUAUAACAAGCAGCGGCAUCACUCCUGCAGAGUUCAACACUUGAAGGUCAUGGCUGCAUGCGUACCACCCGGUGCGGCAGCAUCCUGUGGAGGGGUGGCUUCGUACCCUGUAAGUCACCGCCUGUCCCGACUGAUGACUGUUCUGUCGUUUUUUUCACUCUCCUCUGAGUCACUGCGAAGCAUUUACAGUGCAGUGUUCUUGGCUUGGCUGGAAGAGUUUCCAGCUUAUUCUCUGACCCAUCAUGAACAAUUAGCAAAGGUAAGAAUUAGAUAUCAUUUUAACUCAGUACGUACAAGUAUUCUAAGAGAUAGAUUGGCCCCUUUCAACUAUUUACUUUGUGUUGUUGGCUUGCUAAAUUCAGUUCACAGUUAGUGAAGUUUUGUGUUAUAUUCCAUUAACAGGCGCUUUCAUCCGCUACCAUCAAAAUGUACUCGGUUAUUCAGCAAGAACUCCGCCCCACCCCUCUCCACCCGCAGUUUCUGUUUACUCAGCAUGAACUGUCCAGGGUGGUCCAAGGUAUGAUUUCUCUCUAUUCCAAAACGCGUGGACGCCCAAGACCCCGCGCAAGAAGACGUACUGAAGGAGGUGGAGAAGUGGAGCAAGAAAGUAAAGGUGCUGCCGUCCCCGCUGCAAAUAGUGAUCACAGUUUUCGUAACAAAGAGAAUGGACAGCGGGGAGGGUAUGUCGGCAAGGGCAGGAGGUAGGUGUGAUAUUAUGACGCGCUAAACAGUAAAAUUCUGGUCAAAUAUUUGUACAUAGUUCACCCUGUGUUGCAAUCAAAAGUUCCGGGAUCAUUCGACGUUUCUGGGAAACUGCCCACCUACCCCUCCCCUAAGCCAAUAUUAACACUUGCUUCUCACUUAGGGCAAAAUGUUGCUUUUAACAAAAUGUACUUAUGUCUUAAAUAGUGCUCCAAAUCAAACUUUUCAUCUAUCUUUUUCAUGUGUAUUGAUAUCCUGAGGUGUCCCGAAUUAGUUAGCAUUGUUCAAAUAUAGUUGACAUUCGUUUAUUCCUAUCUAUGAUCAUAGCAAUCUGACAACCCUCUAUAGAAUAUGUCAUCUUUAUUUUUUAGUUGGCCAUCGUUGAUAAGCGGUCCAAGGGAAACUGCAUUAUCCGCCAACACCCCAGCAGUUUUAUCGCCGAUGAUUCGUUCGUUACUUCGUUUAUGGUGUCAUGAAAGUACGCGGACUUACAGUGAUCGUUUGUUGACUGAGCAGCAGCGCCAUUUGUUCUCUUCGUUGUUGCAUGAGACGGUCGAGGAGUUUUUCUGCAGAGACAACUCUGAAGUGAACUCUGAAAUGUUCUCUGUAGAGCAAGCCGAGAUUCAGCAAGGUUGGAUAUGUCCCGCUGUAUAUUGCUGUUUGCUAUCUAUGUAUGGAUGUUGGUCUAGAAAAAUUUGAUUGCGUUUCACAUAGAAUUAAACGCGUUGAGUAUCCUUUGUCUUGGAGGCUGCCAUUCCUGUCUGGGUGGAUUCUUUGUAGUUUUAAAUGUCAAUGUUUGGUUGACUGAUUGACGUUUGCUGCCCAAUCCACUGUUGGGUCAGUUUAUUAACUGUUUCACCUCCAGGAGUGGGCAAAGUCAUAAUUCAACAAAAUUUCCCCAUUUCACGAAAAAAAAAAAACAAAUAGCACUAUGUGAAAAUACUGCUGAAGAGACUUCAUUUGAAUGGUAACACCAUAGGAUUUCAUUCACAGACUCAAACGUUAGAAAAACGUACCAUAUAAAUAGCACUAUGUGAAAACACUGCGGAAGAGAAUUCAUUUGAAUGGUAACACCAUGGAAUUUCCUCCACAGACUCAAAAGUUAGAAUUAGCUUACAAGACUCUAGCAUUCACUGUGGAAGAGACAGGAUUAAUACUUAAUGUGAUUUGCGGUUUUCACUUCUUCGUUUUGCCUUUGCUGAAAGCCAGACAAUUUUACUUUUCACAGAAAUGGCGCCAGGCGCAAAUAUACCACCGCCUACAGCCAGCUGUGAUCAACUGAACAGUGCGGGACAAGAUGACAAUGAUGAGUCGAUGGCGCUUUUAGAUGAGGAACAUCGUGAAUCAGGUAACGAAAGUGAUGUCGCUCCUUCACUGAAUGAAGAAGAAGAGGAAUCUGGAGAUGGUAUUACUGGUAAGACGUCAGUUGACUUGCUCAUCUUCUCUUGUAAAGACAGUUUAGAUUUAAAAAAAAUGGCAUUGGUUUUCAGACGAUCUUUUAAAUCCGUCAAUGACCAAUUGUAUUCUUCCCUAAUACGUUUUCUAGUUUCCACGGCAUUAGCGGACACUAUGAAUUGUAAUAAUCUUCUAGUAAUACCUUUAUUGAGUUUAUGACUUUAUGUGAUAAAUUUUGGACGGCUGGGAUAAAAUACCGACGGGAUCUACCCCUAUCGACGACUUUAUCUCCCAUCAAGAUGGUCAUGAUAACAUUUGUUUUUUCCUUUUUCAACUGCAGAGGUAGCGCAAGAUGGAGUCAUAAGUCCAGAAAUAGAAAAACAGGUCAUAAAUCAAGAUGACCCAGCUGUUUUGAUAGUUUCAGAGGAGCAAGGUCUGAGCAGGGAGGGCACCGAGGUCGAGAACAACCAGGUAAUUCAACCAACCAGAGUGAAGGUGAAAUUCGAUGAUACAAGUGGUGCAAGCUACGGUAAGAGCUACUCUGGUCCAUUGAUUUCUUCGGAACAGUUAGCAUUUUCUGGUGAAGAUCUGACAGACGUCAUGUUCUGCAAACACUAUAACGCCUCUGUAACUGGACGAGAAAGCAGUGCAAGUGAGGUGGCGAGUAAGAAUUACCUGGAAUGCGCGGAAAGCAUCUUAGAGCAAGGGAUCAAGAGAUGGCUGUCGUCAUACAACGAACAAGUAGCUCACUCUUCGGGUGCAAAGAUCGUGAACUUAGUGACUUUUCGCGAAGCACUUCAGCAUGCUGCGCGUUUGAGUCGAGCUCUGGUAAGAAUGAUCUUGAUUUUUUACUACUCUCGUGACAAAAUGACUGACCUUUCCUGCAAUUUCCUUCAAACAUUUUUCGCUCAUAUAACCUGCGGUGGCUGAUCAAGCAGGCAGCACAGGAGUUUUUUUAACUGGGGUUUGACAAAACCUUUUAGAUUUUCCUAAAUUUAAUCCGUCGCAGCUUUCUCCAGUUUUGGUCGGCGGUGCUCGCUUUUUGCCGUUUUUGUUUUUCUUUCGUAAUCGCAAUUUUGAAUUGGUUAUUGUGAUAUUUUAAUCCAUUAUAUGACCAGUCAGCGAGGGCUUAAAGUUGGAUGUGUUGUUUUUCUAGGCAAUGCCAGGCGGCCAUGCUCUUUUGUUGUCAAGUCUUGGUUACGGUAGAAGGACUCUCACGAGAGUUACUGCACACGCGGCCCGUUACAAGGUUUGUACAGUGCUUCAUCCACCCUUUUACUGCCUAGUGUAGGUGAAAGGCGCUCAGAAGAACCUAUGAGAAUUGGUGUUCUCUAGUAGUAGUCCUUCGCAGGGUUACCCACAGAAGUCAGGGUUGUCAUUAAGAGGUGGGGUCUGGGAUUUCCCCCGGGUACUUUCUGGGGAAAAUAGAACCAAUGAUAUCCCUAGCCGUCUGAUUCUUCGCCUACUUGUUGUAUUUACCCUGCAACUUGAAAUCUUAGUGAUAACCCCAAGUAUGUCGUAUGGGUCAAGACAGACAUAGUGGAGAAAAGUUUCCUGUCAAAACAACAAAACAGCAAGACUUUAACCCGAACCAACAGAACUGAGGUUGGAGGUGUUAACCGCUUGGGUACCAAGCUUCCUUUUCCAAGGGACCAUUAUUUUGUCUGAUUAAUUAACCUUAAACUGGUGAAUUAAAGUAGUAUAAUGGGGACAGUUUACUCCUUUUUUGAGGGAGAAUACAUAAGCGCCGAUUACGUCAUAGCCUUUUGUCUUUAUCUCAUGAAUAAAACGGCUUAGUGAUUUUAAAUCAGAUGAGUAAGCACUUGUUCCUUUGACAAAAUGAAUAAACCAAUGAAUACUUUUCUUAGUUUUUUAGUUAACUUAUCAAAAACUGUAUUUUUUGUCGAUCUAAAACCCGUCACACCGGUCAAACCACCGAAAAAUAGCACAUAUCGUAUCUUAAUAUUUUAUUCAUGAGAUAAAAGGCCAUGGCGUCAUUGGCACUAAUGUAUUCCCUCUCAAAUAACUGAGAUUCUCCCUCAACGAAGAGUUAUCGGUCCCUACUAUACUACUCAUCAAACACUUUGCGUCUAGAGGACGCUGCAAACGGCUUUCAUCGUGCGACCAACCCGAUAUCAAGAUUUUUCCAUCACAAAAUAUUGGUUCAAUAUGGGUUGAUGAAAAGUCCAAUAAUGUUUCACCUUUGCGGCUUAGCAAUUCUUAGCCCAUUCUUUAGCAAUUUUGAGUACAAAGUCAAUGCUUCUAUCUCGCAAAAUGUCUUUUUCUGUAGUGACUCAUCAUUGGUAUUACAGUCUGGAUACACGCCUUAACUAUACUUGUGAAUGACAAUGGUUGGAACCUUCGCCUGGAAUGUUCUGGUUCAUGCCCAUCUAAAUUUUUAUUUUCUUUUUUCACUGUUUUUCUUAUUUCAGCUGAUUGAAGUACAACGCAGUCAGUUUCAGAGUCAAGAAGAUUUGAGACAGCAGAUUAAAAUGGCUUCGUUUAUUGCCGGCCUUCAAGGAAAACAGGUUGUGCUGUUUGUCCCCGAGGGCGUUAAUGACGAAUCAAUGCAGGACAUCUGUUCCCUGAUGGCUGAAGGUAAAUCUUAGCAGUGUGUGAGACAAGCUCUCACGCCCCACAUCUGCAAAGUCAGUAGCCGAUAGGAGGGUACGAAAAUCUUGCCUCGUUAAGUUCAAAUCGCUUUUGGAGCUUGGGUUAAAGAAAAACGUGAUCACAUGCCUGCCAGUAAUCUCGUGUAUUUUUUCUUUCCCCUUUUCUGUCAUCUUACAUUUCCCUUUUUGCCAAUUAUUCAGGUACUUGCCCUGGCCUCUACACUUCAAACGAACUGUUUAUCAUCUCAAAUCAGCUUCUACCUGGUGGAACACGUGGCGCUCGUCGAGUAGAAAACCAAGACAUAGCCCAGGAACGAUACUUUCGCCGUGUUAAAUCGAACUUACACGUUGUGGUGUGUCUUACGUACACACCGCUCAGCUUGUCUACUGCCCCUGAAGGGAACCAAUUGUACAGGUUUCCAGUUUUAGUUACAAGAAGCUGUUGUGUGGAUAUCUAUCGCGCCUGGCCCCAUAAGGCGUUAGUCAGUGUUGCAGAAAAGCUUUUGGAAGAAGGAGAAGAUGUACUUAGUCUAGUGCCACUGAAGAGACGAGAAAGACACUCGCAGUCGGCGGCGGUGUGUUCGAUAAUGGCUCACGUUCAUUUGUCGUCUCGAACCUUGGUGGAAAAGAUUUACGGAGUCAGGGCGUUGAAGUUUUAUUCUCCUGACACUUACCUGGAUUUUGUCGAUCUUUUUAGGAAUAUCUGCAAACGCUUAUGUGUAAAAGAGAAGGUACGUGUAUUUCUGUUAUUUUGCCGUUUUACUGACCACAUGUACCAGCAUAAGGCUCUUGGGCUUGCGUCCAACCUGAAGUUGGCCCGAAGUCUCAUCUGCUUAUGCUUGCAUCGUAACCGUUCAAAUGAAGUUAAAUUGCAACUUAUCCCUUACAGGAAGAAGUGACCUACCUUGAGAAAGCGAUCAAAAGAAUAGACGAGGCUACCAACAGCCUUAACAAGAUGCAACGCGAGCUAGAUCAGCUGGCACCAGUAUUUGAAGCGUCUAAGACAGACGUGCAGCUACGACAAGAGGCUGUGGAAGCCUGCCAGAAGGAGUAUGCUGCGGCAAAAGAAACGUGUAAGAAGCAGGAACAAGAUAUCGAAUUCAUGCAGGGCCCCAUUGAGAUACUGAAAAGAGAGGCUCAGGCUGAAUUUGAGAAGGUUAGCAAUCUUCUGUUUUGUUCUUGACGUGUAGAAUUCUUACAUGAGUUGCCUGCUUCCAUCCUUGGCAAAAUGAGCCAAGAAUUAGGAACGACUGCUUGUCCAUUGCUGAAGAUGAAACCCUAGUCUUUUUUGGCUUCCUUGUUUCGGUCAAACCCAAGGAGACCCACCUACUACUUCUCAGACUUCACGCGGGCGAUGGGGCAAGAGAGAACGUCUACGCACUGGUUUUAAAAACCGUCUAUAGAACAGUUGUCGUUGGUUAAAGCAGACAUUAGUAUAGGGGUAAGAUGCCUGUUUAUUGGGAAAGCCCUUCUCUGGGGGCGAGGGGGACAAACUUCGGUCAGUCGUUACUCGAAAGUUAGCCCUCGUUAUUUGUUGCAAAUGAAUCUUUGGACAAGUGACUGCCGACUGCAGAGGUCACUUGUGGUGGUUCAGUGUUCCAAGCUUCACUUGAACAUCGUUCUACCAGCUACAGUGAAACCCUGAUACGGCGAAGGGCCAAGGAACUAGCGAAAUAUGAUUUUUUUUUUUCAAUAUGUUGUACUGUUUUCGGGGCGAAGAAUAUAGCUCGUUAUACAGAAUUUGUACUGUACUGUUGAUUUGACCUGUCAAACCACUUGUUCUUUAUUACUGGUUUAGGUGAAUCCUCUCUUUGAUGCAGCCUGGAGAGCCAUUGAUUCAUUGAAUAUUUAUGAUGUUGAAGAGAUUCGAACUUACCGGACCCCACCAGAACUUGUCACUCUAGUGGUAGAUGCAAUAUGUCUCUUGUUUAAAAAAGAACAAACGUAUGUAUUGAACGCUGGAAUGUUCACUUAAAUAAAGGCAAGAGAGUAGAAAUCCUCUUUAUCGCCUUCAGAGGGCUCUUUUAUUUUGCUCGAGACGAUAUUUUUGCUCUACUCUAAUAUCUUCCCAAAGACUCAUUAUGUUAGAUUAAGAGCAAUAAAUACGACAUUGAUAACACAUAAAAGGUUUGAUCAUGAAACGAUGAACAUCCCGUAUUGUGCUCUUCCGCUCGUCUUCCACUUACCAGUUAAGCGUAAUGUUGUUUUAUAAUCAAGUUGAGCUUAAAGCAAUGCUGUUCAGCUUCAAAAAACAAUGGCACAAUCCGUUUGUUUUGCUCAAGUAUUCCUUUUUUCGAAGGAGGAGCACGACAAAAAUAAUAUACCGGUAUACGUUUAGCUCCUACCAAGCAACUCAGACCAAUUUCUUAACGUUCUAUUUCUGUUUUAGGUGGGAAGAAGGUAAACUUCUUCUCAACCGAAGUAACUUCUUCAAAGACCUUGAAUUCUACGACAUGAAAAGCAUGCCAGACUCUAUUUUCCGUGGAUUGAAGCUAUUUUAUAACAAUCCAAAGUUCCGGCCGGAGAUAGUUCAGGAAGGCAGUAUGGCGGCCAAGUCUCUGUGCAUGUGGGUACGGGCCGUGUAUGAGUUCUGUUUGGUGUACAGAGCUUUGGACCCUAAACGUCAGCAACUGGCAAGAGCUGAACAGGAACUUGAAAAGGUGAAAGGCGAGUUUAAGAGUUACGUUUACGCCAAACGGGAAACGUGAUUUUUGAAUCACGUCACCAAGUUUCUCCUUAAUUGACGUGUACCGUCUAUUGCUUUACUCAAAAAUAAACAGUUUCACGCCGGUUUUAUCCAUAAGAAUUGUUCCGGGCAGUGUAUAUCUGCUUAUUUUCUAUUCUGAGAAAUUCUCAGCUAGAAUCUGGCGUUUGCCGUUUGUCGUGAACGUGACUCUUUAUCUCUCUAAAAACUACUUUUAACUUUGUCCCAUAUUUCUAGUAAGUAUUGCAAUUACGGUAUUCAUGAUGGAGAUAGAACGAUAUAAUGAGAGAGAUAUGAGAGCCCCGCCCCUCCAGUCCUACUGCCAUUGACAGUAAGUCUUUCUUCCCUCUGUCCGAGGCCUCUUUGUGUCUCAAGGAGGCUGGGGAGAGGGAAACAAAGCGCGCAAGGAGCGAUGGGAAUGAAAAAAAACACGACAGAGGCUCCCGCCUUUUCUGUCUUCCCAUUUCCCACCGCUUUUUAAUUCAUUUUAUUUUUAUUAUUUUUUUGAACACCCAGCGGGAGCCACUGCAAAGGAGAGAGCCUUUUUUUCUGUUUCGUGCAUAAUGCAAAUCUGUUUCUGUCGAUCUUUCUACCGUCCUCAGCCUGCUAAUCAUUGUAUCUCUCUCUUUAGUUGUUUUGUCUGUGUGUCUGUUUUUGCGUCCGUCUGUUAUGAGGCGAUCAAUUUUACCUUGAAUAAUUUGGAGGGUACAUGAAAUAACGUGCCUUAUUUCUCUUUACAGGCAAAGUCCAUCUUGGGAGAAAUGCGAGUAAAAUGCAAUGCUAUCAAGCAGGAAUUGGAGUCUAAUAUUCAGUUAUACAAAGACAGCGUUAAGCAUUCCAGAACAGUUGAAAAACAGAUCCAAGUAAGCCGCUAGUUUGGCCUUAUUACUGAUUGAUAACCGGCGGCGGAAUAAACAAUAAACUAUUGAAAGAACUCAAGAAUUUCCAUUUCAAUAUACUUCCUGAUGCAUUGCAUCUGGCAUAGACUGAAACGUGUUAACCACUCACACUGUCAUCAAUAUCGUUAUAUAUAAUCGCACGGAAAUUACUGCUUCGUCUCUUUUCUUUGAAAUAAGUACAACCGUAAAAAUUUGCAGAUAUUAGAAACGCCCUGUCACGGUACUUACUUUACUACGAGGAUUCGCAAGUCAACAACAAUUAUGUAAGGUUAGAUUUGUUCAAUGUACAACCUAAUAAAUCAUGCCGUAGUUCUAGAAGGAGUUGCUGCUCUAGCAACAUUUAUAUCGUCUACACUUUGGGUUGUAAGUUUUGUGAUUCACGCUGGCGUUUUUCCACAGAGCAUAGAAGCUGUGAAGGCCAAAGGAGCUGCUUUGGUUGACAGUUUGUUCACCUAUUCUGACCUGUGGCACAGCCGCCGGUCAAGCGCCCAACAGCGUCUCCUCACAGCACCAGGUGACGCGCUGGUCACAGCUGCUGCUGUUUGUUACUUGGGUCCGCUUGCACCUGCCGCCCGCGAGCAUCUCUUUUCUGAUUGGCUGCAAGUGUGUGAUGGCACAUCCCGAGAUACCAAGGAGCGGCUUCUCAGUUUGUCUUCAAUGGUACUUCAUGAUGCACGAAAUAAGGCUUCUGUUGAUGAUAACUGUACAGGUAAUUAGAAUGGACCCACGGUUGAAUGGAUCAACUUACCCUCUAAGAGCAUUAUACUGUGGCCUUGCAAGACACACUUACGACGUAAGCAUGAAAGCAAGGCAUGAGGGCCACAUCGCAAUCUAAUUGUAUAAAAUGGCAGAAGCGCACCCUGCAGCUACGACAAAGAAUAGUUCUCACAAAUUCUGCGCUGCUGUGCUUUGUAAUAAUCGUCCCUAUAAUAGGAAAGACUUCACGUUUCAUUGUUUCCGAACGAUCCUUGCCGAAGGUUAGUUUCUCCACUGUCCACUUUUCAACGCAUGUUCAUUUACUAUAACUGCUCCAGGAAUAUCUUUUACGGUUAAUUUCUAAUCUUAAAAUAAUCACAAUCGUUAUUGUUUUCGCCGCCCUAUUUACUUUUUUCAAAGACUGCGGGAAAACUGGUGGCCCUUAGGCCUGGCUUUCAUGUUUACGUUGUAGGUGUGUAUUAACGUGCAUCGAAUUUAAAGUUUACCCUUUAAGCCCCGUUAUUCAGAUACAGAUUCUCCAAACUGAUCUUAAUACCUCUCCUUAUAGAAUAAGUUGAGAGAACUUUUUGGAAGAUCAAAACAUUUUCCGAAGGCUGAUCACUUUAUUAAUUCUUACAACUUUUUAUCUGGAUUGUGUGUUGGUAUCAUCAGGAGAAAAAUGAUUUUGGUCAGUUUUGGGACUUAACCUAUUAAGCCCCAAUAUCCGCAUACAAACUCUCCACACUGAUCUCCGUACAUUUCCUUGAAAAUUCGACAGAAGAUCAAAUCAUUUUCUUUUUGCUGACCAUAUUAAUAAUUCUCAUAACCCAGUCUCUUGAUUGUGUAUAGAUAGGAGAAAAUUGUUUAAGGAGAAAAGUCUUGGGGACAAGGCGCACCGGAACACGUUCGCCUGAACGGAGGCAGUAUGGCCUGUCAAUUGACACACAAGGAAUUAAUGGCUUGAGUACCGGGGACGACAGGUCAUGUUGGUCACUCUUCAGUCUUGGGUCUUAAAUGGUUAAAAUCCUUUACCAAUCAGUAGUGGCAGUCCAAAUUGCUAUGUACAAGCAGGUCGGAAAAGUUAAAAUGGGGUCUACUCUUCAUUGAACCGUGGAAGUGUACGUUCGCAGUUUACCCUUUUGUCUUUUCUUUAAUUUUGCAUACAUGUGUUAUUUAAUUCACAAAAUUCACGACACUACUAACGGCGCAAACAAUUUUUUUACAGGUAGAGAAUCUCGCCCCACAACACAAUCAACACUUGCAUCAACCCUCGCCACCGGCACUUUACCACUUCGCAAAGACGUGUCUUUACAGACGAUACUAUCUUCUCCCAACGAGGUGGAUGAGUGGAGGCGAAAUGACUUACCAACUGACGAACAUGCUUUGCAAAAUGUAUUGAUUCUGCGGAGCUGUGGCGAUGAUCGAUCAAGGGCGUGGCCUUUGUUGAUUGAUCCACAUAACCAGGCCGAGUUAUGGAUAAGAGCUCUUCACGAAGGUGAAGCUUUUUAUUAUUAUUAUUAUUAUUAUUAUUAUUAUUAUUAUUAUUACUAUUAUUAUUAUUAUUAUUAUUAUUAUUAUUAUUAUUAUUAUUAUUAUUAUUAAUCAUAAUCAUCCUCUCCUCCUCCUCCUCAUCCUCAUCAUCAUCAUUAUCAUCAUCAACAACAACAGCAACCACGACAUCAUUUCUCUGUCAGUACUGUCUUACUCCAUGCUCAUUAAUGUCUUAUUUUUUUGUUUUUAUUUCCUGUAGAUGAUGCCUUGGGGAACCAGAGCCGUCCUGGGACUCGAUUGUCAGACCGGUCAUCCACUCGGCAGUCCAGACGAUCAUCCAUUGAGUCCGAGUCAGCUGCUCUGGAUUAUACUCAUCUUGAGCAAUCAGGAGCAGACGAAUAUGAAGCUGAUGCACAGUUCUCUGAUAAUGAAGUGGAUCAAUUCCUACAGUCGCUGAAGGAAGAGGGUAAACUAUCAGUCAACAUAUCUUCGAGAAAACCCAGCGUACUUGUUUAGCUUUCGUUUUUGUUGCUGUUUUUGUUUUUGCGACUACUUAAGGAGAUGGCGUGUCCGAGCGGUUAGAGCCCUGGGCUUGUAAUCCGGAGACCCCGAGUUGAAGUCCCACUCUGACCGCUAGCUGGAUUUGUUCACGGUAGUCCCGAGUUCAAAUCCUCGGUAACACUAGUAAAAUAGCCAACUUGUUCGCCUUCUAUCACUUGGGAUUCUUAACUGUGUUGUGUUCUAUUUGACUUAUUACUUGUUUCAUUAUCCUUUGGGGAAAGGAUAAUUACGUUUAAGUAUUGUAGAUAUUUUGACUGGACUAACUGAUGUUGUCGUCAUUGCAAUCAGGUGACCAAGAUUUUGUCUCCCAAGAAUCAGAGACUGUUGUCACUUCUCGGACCGAGCGGACAACAGGAAGCGGUGUGACCAGCGGACUGACCAUGACGAGUGAAAGGUUGCUUGCAGAUAAACUCGCUGAAACCAUGGGUAUUCAGGUACAAUAUUAAAAAAAUGUCUCUACUUGCCAAAUGUCAUGAAAAAUAUCCAAUUUCCAGUUCAUGAUUACUGAAGGUGUUUGUUAUGAUAACUUGAAACCUUCAUGGAAAUAUAGGUCGUUGUAAUACGGUUGGAAUGCGAAUUUCCUCUGACCCAAGAUGUCCACCUCUCAGAAAUGGUCUACUGGUUAGUCUACUCAUACCAUUUCGGGUUCUUGAUUUUUCUGUGUUCCAGUUUAUCCAUAAUAAUUGUAAUUUAUCUUUCUCUUUAUUUGUAGAUGGAGAACUCGCCUCAGCCGGUGCCUAGUGGACCCACACCAGUUCUAAAUCUCAGUGGAGGUGACAUUCUUAUCGUGCCAGUGGAUGAUCCAGAACUAAGUAAAUUUUAUUACCUUGUUAUUGCCGGCUGUAUCUUCUUUGGUGCGGAAGGACAGGGGCGCGGGAGCCCAGGAGAUUAGAGGGCCGAUGGGAUACGGGACGCGGGUAUGGAAAGGGUGGGAAGAAGGAGUGCUAAAAGCGCGGAAAAAAAAUAGGGGAAUUUACGCGAAAAUGCUUAAUAUUCCGCAACCAAAAAAGGGCUAAAGGGAGGAAGCCAAGGAAAAGGAGGUGGGAGCUGGGAAUGAAAGGUACGGGAGGCGGGAGUUUUGGAUCCCCCUCCCCCCCGCCCUCCCCGAUAGCGAGGUAAAUCGUAGAGUACGGGAUUGUGCUCACAAAUAUUUUCUUGAGUUAAAUUCCCUCACCAUCCCUUGCUUGAAGAUUUUAAAGAUCCUAAAGCCUGAAUACUGUCACCUGUCUUAAAUAUUUUCCAGGGCCUUGCCUAACAAGAUCAAAUAUCUAUUUUUGUAAUUCCUCCAGUUGAAAAACUCCGAGCAGCCGUCAGACGAGGCCUGGUGACGCUGGUGACACAUGUGGAGAGAAGACGCUGGAGUAAAUCAUUAGAACUGCUGCUUAUGCGACAAACCUUUACCAACACUGAUGGAGUACUGCAAAUAAUCAUAGGCAAGACUGCUGUGGAGUAUAACCCUUCAUUUAGGUUGUACCUCAGCUCUUCUCAGCCUUUGUUCAUGACUGGAGAGGGACUAUACCCACUGCCUUUCUCGAAGGUCUGUACUAUCAGUAUGGCUGUCAGCCGAGAAGGGAUCUGUGAUAUGCUGUUAGUGGAUACAUUACAUCUUGAGAGGCCUGAGUUUGAAGGACAGCUGAGAUCGGUGGAAAGGGACGUUGGUCUCCAUAAGCAGCAGAUAUUCCAUGCUAAGGUAACUCUUUUUGAUUCAUGAUUCAUCGGGCAUUGGCUUUGCAAUGUGGCUUAAACCUCCGAGCUAAGCUUGAGGCUCUUCAGACGUCAGACAUUGAACUCCGAAAAAAAAACCGCAAAUGAACCUUACAAUCUGCCACUAAUCAUGACUUAUCAUUAGUUUUGUUGGCUUUUGAAAGUAAGGCAAUGAAAUUCGUAGUUAACAGUAAAAUGGGCUCGUUUGUGGUUUUACCAUUGUGGCUUCGGGUUUGCCUUUCGAGAAACAGGCCCCCUGAUCAGUUGAUCUACGGUCAAACCCGCUUUACGGACACCCGUUUAGUGUGGACACCUCAUUAUUAUUUACGGACAGUUUUCUUUGUCCCUUUUGAGGUAAAGCCCUCACAUUUUCUCUAAAUUCAACCCGCUUAAUACGGACACUUUCUGUGCCCCACUCAGUGUCCGUAUUAACAGGGUGUAACUGUACUCGAUUUUGCUUAUUGUGAGUGGUUUAACCCUUUAAACCCUAAGAUCAAAAUUUGAAUUCUCAUUUGUUUUCCCGAUUCAUUUCCUACAGAAGUAGUGAGGAGAAGUUGAUAAAAUAUCAAGCAAAUUCAUCUUGUGUGAUCAUGUCUGUAAUUCUCAUGACAACUCUGUUUUACAAAGCAUUGAUAUUACAAGGGGAAAUUUGAUGCUUAUCACUCUUAGGGGUGUUUUGAUUUGCUUUUGAGACAUUCAGCUAAAAUUCAGGCGUUAUAGUUUAUCUUAUUCGCUAAGUGCGUUGCUUACAUUCUUCUAAAGGAGUUUAUCCUGGAGAGAGUUCUUAACCUUGGCGGUCCCCUGUUAAAAGAUUCAGCAAUGCUGGAGUCUGUUAUGCAGAGCAAAGAGGACAUCUGCAUGGCAGAAGAAGGAUGCCAUGAAGCUGAGGUACUGUAAACCUGUUUUUACGUUACUUGCCUAGUAAUUAUGCAAUGUUGGAAUACCUGUUCUUGUUGCAAGUUGAUUGUAGAACGUUUCACUGAAACCAACUUUAUUGUUCUUGCAGAAAAUGAAACGGGAACUGUUGGCGAAACAAGAUGAUUUUUUGUCCGUAGCUCAGCAUGGCGCCUUGUUAUUUGUAGUCUUAUCUGAACUUCAUAAGUUGCAUCCAUAUUACCGCUAUCCACUCGAGUCAUUUUUAAAGCUAUUUCACGUGACCAUAGCUGAGAGGAACCGCGGAAAAAAGAGCAGUGGCUCACCUGCGGCAAGGGCGGCGGAACUUAUCACAGCCUUAUCCAGGAAAGUCUUUGAUAGGACUUCAUGGAGUUUGUUCCAAAGUGAGAACUCUUCUUGUCGAACUCUUUUCUGUGCACCAGAAGAGAGUUCUUUAGUUGGCUACGAAAGCACCAUGAGUGUUGGGAUACCUACAUUCUUUCUUUAUGACCUUUAUUUAAAUCUUGACAUACCACUGACAUGCUGGGUUUGCCUACAACCAGCCACUGUAGAUUGCAAGAGCCACUGUCCAUGCGUUUAGUGCACGCUGACGCUGUACGUUUAUGUUAAGCGCGUACCCAGGCCCCCUCUUGCCUCCAACAUUACAUUUCCUUAUCCCGGAAUGAAUGAUUAGAUUUGAUCCAUUCUUUUAUAUGUAGAAAGGCAAAUUAGAGUACAAAGCAACGCUUGGCCUCACUGACUUAUAAAGUAUUCUGGACUUCAACUGAGCACACCUCUCGUUAAUCUUUCCCUUUCCUCGUAACCAAUUGGCCACAAAGGCACAAUCUUUUCCACGAAAAUUCUCUAACACACGUGGUGACGGACGGGUGAGACGUAUUUUUCUGAGCUCCCCAUUUCUUUGAGUUCUAAACGUUCUAAAACAUGUCUGGUAAAUCAAAAAAAGGCCAAAAGAAGCCGUCAAAUCAAUCUGCUAAUCAGACGGCAGCAGAACAAGCGGAAUUAUCCGAAACCGAAGAAAGUGUGUCUUUCCGGGAUGGCAACGAAGCAAUAAACAUGGCCGCCGGUCUUCAGGAUUUUGAAGUAAUUCUGACAAGACGGUUGAAGGAGCAAUCUGAGUCUAUUCACGAUAUGAUGCUUAAGUACUUCAAGCUUUACAAAGAUGAUAUAGACGAAAUUAAACGAAGCCAAGCUUUUGUUGACGCCAAAUUCGAAAAGGCUAAGAAGGCAACUGAAGAUCUAACUUCGGAGAACCGGCGCCUGAGAUCAGAAGUAGAUGCCCUGAAAGGGCAGCUUAAACAGUGCGAAAUUAAGCUGGAGGAAGUCGAAAACGACAGCGAGGCAUUAAAGCAGUAUCUUCGUCGUGAUAUGUUGGAAAUACAUGGCGUGCCUACGCGACCUGAUGAAGAAACAGACGAUCUUGUGUGUAAGCUUGUGGAGUUGGUUGAUCCUGAGCUUGAGAUCUCGUUGGCCGACAUUUCUAUCAGCCAUCGUCUGCCAAGUAGAGAAGGCCGAAAUGCCCCUCCAAUAAUUGUAAAGUUCUGUCGUCGUAAUGUCCGUGACCGUUUGUUGAGCAGAAAGAGAGAGAUAAGGAGUAAGACAGCUAUGGAUCUUGGUUUUACCGAAGAGUUUGACUUGUAUAUCAACGAGAGCUUGACCCAGAAGAACCGCGAGCUUUUGGCUAAGGUUAAAGAGUUCAAGAGGGUAAAUCACUUCAAGUUUGCCUGGACAAAGAAUGGCAAAGUUUUGUUGCGUAAAGAUGAUAACCCAGCAUCCCAAGUCUAUUCUUUUAUGUCUAUGGCAAAUUUUGAGGAGUUCAAGAACUCAAGACAAAGCUAAGUAUCGGGCUAUAUACAUUGACAGUUAAUUAUUAGCCAGUGAAGCCAAAUGGCUUCUGACUCUGAGCUCCCUGAGCCUGAGCUCCUUUUUUUCUCAUUUAGGCAAUAACGAUUUUAAUAUUGCUUUAUAUGAAAUGACGCAUGGACCUCUACAUUAUGAUAGCGAACGAUUAAGCUCUCUUUUGUACAACCCAAUUGAUAAUUCGUCUGUCUCUAAUCAGUUUUUCUUUAAUGAGUUAGAUCCAGAUCAACAGUUUACUUUUUUCUCCUCCUCCUAGUAAUUAUUAUACUGAGGAUGAAAUUAAUGCUAAGCUAACUAAUAGUUCAAAUUCUCCUUGCUUCUCUGUAUUUCAUAUUAAUACACGAAGCCUAAUCGGUCAUUUAGAUAAAUUUAAAUUCCUGCUUAGUCAUUUGCAAAAUCCAUUUUCUGCCAUAUGCGUAUCGGAAACCUGGCUAACUGAGCUUACGUCGGACCAGGUGGAAAUACCUGGAUAUAAAUUUAUUUCGAACCACCGCGAUAGCAAGUCCGCCGGUGGAGCAGGUCUUUAUUUACUUGACGAUUUAGAAUACAAAUUAUGCCGCGAUUGUAAUUAUUCUGAACCUGAAGUGAUCGAAACUCUUUUUUGUUGAAAUUAACAUUCCCAAUGGGAAAAAUAUUAUAGUUGGUACUGUUUAUCGUCCGCCUAAUUAUAACACUCGGGACUUUUUGGACAAAUUUAAUGAGAUUCUUGCUAAAAUAACUAGAAAUGACAAAUAUUGUUAUUUGGGUGGAGACUACAAUAUAGAUCUGUUUCACUAUUCCGAUCAUGCCCCUACUCAAGAAUUUGUUGAUAGUCUAUUUUCCCAUAUGUUCAUUCCUCUAAUCAAUAGACCGACUCGGAUCACUGCUCAUUCGGCCACACUUAUUGAUAAUAUAUUCACGAAUAAUGUAAGGUGUAAACAUUUCAAUGGUAUUGUUAUUAAUGAUAUUUCUGACCAUCUACCGGUUUUUGUUUAUGAAGUGGAUGAGACAGAAAUAGCGUCGAAAAAUAGCCAAACUAAAUAUCUCACUAAAAGAGAUUUUUCAGAAAGAAAUAAGAGCAAUUUUCGGCUCUCUCUUUCUCGUGUUAAUUGGAAUUUACGUUUCGAUGAAAGCGAUACUAAUGAAUGUUAUAAUAGUUUUGUGAGUGAGUAUGUUCGAUUAUACAAUGAAAGCUUUCCAUUAAAAACGAUAAAACUUAAAACAAAGAAAGUAAUGCGCUCCCCUUGGAUAACGCAAUCUCUGCUUGUUUCUAUCAGGAAAAAAGAUAAACUCUAUAAGCAGUUCAUUAAUUCUAGGGACUCAACUACUGAGUUAAAAUACAAACGCUAUCGGAACAAACUGAAUCAUCUUAUAAAAAUUGCUAAACGAAAGUACUAUGAUAUAAAAUUUGAGAAGGCUAAAAAUAACCUGAAAGAAACUUGGAAACUAAUCAAUGAUGUAAUCAACAAACCGAGCAGAAAAGCAGCUCUGCCAAAUUCCUUUUUCUCUGAUGGAAAACUGUUAAAUGAUCCACAAGAAAUAGCUAACUGCUUUUGUAAGUUCUUCACCAACAUAGGUCCGAAUUUAGCAAGGAAAAUUCCAGACACACAAGUAUCUUUUCGUAGUUUUCUUGGCGCUUCUGUUAAUGAGUCGCUUAUCUUAAAUCCAACUAAUAUUUCGGAACUAAAUCAAAUAUGCAACUCUUUUAAAUCUGGAAAGUCGCCUGGAUAUGAUAACGUUUCAAUGGAUAUAAUAAAAAGCACCUUUGAUCUCAUUUCUCAGCCUUUGGCCAAUGUAAUCAAUUUGUCUCUUAUUAAAGGAGUAUUUCCUGAUGAACUGAAAAUUGCUAAACUGAUUCCGGUAUUUAAAGCUGGUGAUUCCCAGUAUUUCACUAACUACCGUCCAAUUUCGCUUCUUUCUAAUUUUUCUAAAUUCUUUGAAAGAGUUAUGCACAAUCGUAUUACAAAUUUUUUAGAUCGUUUAGAUAUCUUAUACUGUUGCCAAUUUGGAUUUCGUAAAAAAUAUUCUACAGCGCUGUCUUUAAUUCAUCUUAUUAAUAAAAUUGCAACUGCUAUUGACAGAAGCGAAUAUACAGUUGGCAUAUUCUUAGACUUAUCAAAAGCAUUUGAUACUUUAGACCAUCAAAUACUCUUGUCUAAGCUUGAGCAUUAUGGGAUUCAUGGGCUAGCACUUAGCUGGUUGAAAAGCUAUUUGUCAAAUCGCGUGCAGUUUGUCCAGUACAAAGAGACUUGUUCUAUUAGGCUGACUCUGAGCUGUGGAGUCCCUCAAGGUUCUAUAUUAGGACCAUUAUUGUUUGUUUUGUAUAUCAAUGACCUCCCUUGUGCUACUCGUCUUGCUGAAACUAUGCUUUUUGCAGAUGAUACUAGUGUGUUUUAUUCUAAUCCCGAUUUAAAUUGUGCUAUUUCUGCCGUAAAUAAUGAUUUAUCUCAAAUUGAUCUUUUUAUGAAAGCAAAUAAGCUCUCUGUUAACAUAACGAAAACUAAUUAUAUCAUUUUUGCAGCAAGGCAAAAACCAGUCGGCUUCCCAAUAAAUCCUGUCUUGUACGAUGAGGUUUUAUUAAAACAAGUAAAGGUAGUUAAAUUUUUAGGGGUUUUUAUCGACGAGCAUCUAACGUGGAAGCCGCAUAUUACUUAUAUAUGUAAGAAAAUUUCAAAAUCUAUUGGCGUCAUGUUUAGGUCUCGUUUCUUUCUUUCUGAAACAACAAAAAGUCUCUUUAUUAUACCUUAAUUUAUCCUUAUUUAACAUAUUGUACCACAGUUUGGUCCUCCACUUAUGUAACAAACCUUAAUAGAAUUUUUCUUCUACAAAAGCGAGCAGUACGAAUUAUUACAAAUGCAGAUUUUCGCGCGCACUCUGAACCAUUAUUUUUCCGUUUAAAGAUUUUGGACAUAUACAACAUUAAUUCAUUCUAUACUGCACAAUUUAUGUUUUCAUAUUAUCAUCAAUUACUGCCACCGCUUUUUUCGAACCUUUUUGUUACUAGUAGCAAUAUUCAUAAUUAUAAUACUAGAAGUUCCUCGCAUUUCCGUUCUCAUGCCUGCCGAACUAACACCAAACAAUUUUCUAUUUUGUUCCAAGGCCCUAAAAUUUGGAAUUCUUUACCAAACUCAGUCACUUCGAUUUUUACAUUGCAAUCGUUUAAAACGAAAGUUUUUGAUUUUCUACUAUAUCGAUAAUGCGUCUUGUACUGUCCGUUGUUGUGUGUUGUUAUAGUUCUAUUGCUUAAUAUUAUUGUAACGAGGGGGCCUCCUCGUACAAGCCUUGUGGUUUUCUGAGGUCCCCUCGCCACAUCUUUGUAUAAUGUAAUGCUUGUGUAAUCUUUAUUGUGGGAAAAUAAUAAAUAAAUAAAUAAUAAAUAAAUAAAUAAAUCUUAUGUCCCAAGUUGUAAAUAAGCUACCUGUGGCCGGCUUUAGUUCUUCGACACCUUGAUCAAGUAUCCCAGCUUAUCUUAUGAUUAAUAUGACCUGCUGAAGGUAGGUCAGAGAAAGAAAAUAGAAAAGAGAGAUAUGAGAAGUCAGUGGCCACAGACAACUAGGAGUAAGGGUGACAUUCACUUUAUCUCACUUACCCAUCCAUUUUUUUCCAAUAGCUGACAAUCACUUGUUUCCAUUCUUGCUGGCUGUGGAAAAGAUGAUGAACAAAGGGAUUGUAACUCGUGAAGAAUGGCAGAUAUUCACCCGGAUGUCCAUUGAAGCUCAAGUAGAUUCCAGUGCACGCAAUAUUGAUUCUAGUGCUGCCAAUACUGAUCAGUAUCGAUAUGACAAUAUUCAGAAGCCACCUUGGGUGUCAGAUCAGGCUUGGGAUUGUAUUGAUGAGUUGGAGGUGCUUCCUGUCUUCAGUGGUCUUAAACAGUCUGUAGCUAAAUACUCAGAACAGUGGCGAGAGUAUUUUAAUGUAAGUUCUUUUGACUGUAACUGGACAUUUACUUUCACAUGGGGAAAACAUUGGUUCGUUCAUUUCCAUAAUUGCCAUUGUAUCGUACAGUGAAACCUCUUUAAUCUGAACAGAAAACGGAUAGAUCCAACUGUCCGUACUACAGAUCGAAGACAUGCUAUUAUUAUAGAGGUAAGAAAUGCAUGAGGUUUGUUUUAUUCCAAACCAAUAGAAGUGUACCUUGUUGAGAAGUAUCCGUACUAUGAAGUUGUCCGCUACGACUAAUGCACUGCAUUAUAUUUUUAUGAGCGUUCCGCGACUCGGGAGCAAGCACUCAUAUACUUACUCUGUGUAUAUUCGUUUAUUAUUCCAUGUAGUUGCCCCCAGUCCUCCUCGGCAUCACACCAGGUGGCUACGCUCAUCUCACCGUUUUCCAAAAAGCUUUGUUGUGGAAAACUGUUCAACCAAAUCAGGUAACUUUGUGUAGCUGUUAAAGUUUCAAGAUUGACAGAUCUUGACAUCAAUUAUUUAGCUUUAUACAAGAACUAAGUUUGCACCCGCUGGAUACGCGACGUAAAAAGAUGCACGGCAAGGGGUCGGUGAUGGGGGGGGGGACGGGCGGGUGAAUACAAGAACAUGAAGUAAGUCAGCAAAGUUUGAGCUAAUCAGAUGUUGACUUCUACUUUGUUUUAGUUGUUCCACGUUUGUCAGGAUAUUGUGUUAUAUCAGAUGGGUGCCGCCAUGACUCAGUCCGUUGGAUAUGACUUACAGCUGGUUUACCGGGUCACAAGUCGGUCCAGACCUGUAUUAUUUCUCCUGCCUUCACAGAGAAUUCUUAGCCAAGGAGAGUCAAACGUAUUUAAAGGUGAACCUUUCUAAUAGACGGCAGCCUUGCAAAAGUCUAAAUGUAAUGUACAGUCGAACCUCUCCUUAGGCCCUGUUGAUAUUUAUGUUUAUAUUAUUGCCAAGUAGAAGGGUCACUCGCAUGCCCAAGCUACCCUGGGGCCAGCCACCUUUUCUUAGUAAAUUUCCUUACAAAACUUGGCAAACUAUUUACAUAAGAAACAAAACGUUGGCUCGUCUAGAAGCCAAGUCAUUCUCCUGGCCGGACAAACGUUUAUCCUUACAGCCCAGCUAGGUUAACUCGGUCAAGGCGAGACAAUCAGAGCAUGCGUGAGCGCUGUCAGCUCUUCACUCGGGUGAAGGGGUCAACCUUUCUUUCAAAAUUGACUCGGAUGGGAGGGGAGGGUAGUCCUCUUUCCCGGGACAACUUUUCUGCAUAUUGAAACGAGGCCCUAAUGACACGUCCACAGCAAGAUGAACACCUCUGUUGCUCCGCUGGAAGAAAAUUAUAUUUCUCUUGUUAACUUGGAUAUGAUCCCUAUAAAUUCAACGCCAGGAUAGGGUUCGCCUACAUUUGAUAAAGUGAGUUGAUAGGAAUAUUCGCGAAAGAACGUAAAUACACUUUUAGAGCGACGUUCUCGUUGCCGUCGCUUCGUUGGAUCCUAAAGUCCCUUAUAUAAGUAACAAUCUACACUCGUCCAUUCUGGUUUCCCUGUUUAUACGUUUUACUAAAUUUAGACUUGUGUCUUGUAGACCCAGUGACAGACGUUAUCAACCUGGCUCGUUCGCAUAAUAAGAUAGAAUCUCUGGUUAAAGUAACUUUUGGUGAAACUAAUGAUAUGGACAGAGCUUUAGCAGCUGUAACGCAGGGCAUGAUAACAGGAUGUUGGGUAAUACUGGAGAACUGCCACUUAGCAGCAAAAUGGACAGAAGAAUUCUUACACCAGCUACAGGUAGAACUGGGGUCUAAAUGCGUCCCGUACUUUUUUCUGGCAUCAUUACUGGAGACGCGCUGGUCAGCUAUUGGCCAAUUUUUUUGCUUGUCUCUAUGAACAGUCCCAGAAGUGUUUGCGAAAGCUAACUCGUGUUUUUCGCAGUUUCCCUCUCGUUUUAAGUGGCGAAUGAUGCAAAAUAUGAGUUCUCUUUUGCUCGUAGAAAAAACGGCAAUGCUGUUAAGAGCUACCUUGAAUUUUUUAAAAUUAACUGUACCAGCCACUUUAAGUGUUAACUGUUGUCGGACUUGACCGAGCUGGCAUUUUAACAGUCGACAUAAAAAAACAACAACAACAACAACAACAGUUUAUUCAAUUGUCAAAUGAGUUAGGUCUAUGUUACCCACAAUUAGCGGAGCUAUUCUAGGUGGGCAACAAUACAAUAAUUGUCUUCUAUAAAGUCGGCAAAAGAACGUAAGUAAAGAGAAAGCAAAAAUAAAAUGAAAUAAAUAAAUAUAUAAAAAAUAAAAGGUAGCUUUGAGCGCUUUAAUGCAUAGUGUGUGUACACAGUUGUAACUUUGAAUGCCUGUUCUUCAACAGACAAUUGUAAACAUGCCAGAGAUAAUCACUGAGAAUGAAACAGAAAGACAGUUUACGGGAAGUAGCUGCGAGGAAAAGUCGGAAAUAACGACGGAAGCAGAAACGAUGCUUGUCCACCCUGACUUCCGGUUGUGGCUCACCACUCGACCGGAUGUCGGAUUGCCAUUACCCGCAGUUGUUAUUCACUCUGGUAUUAAACUGGCUUGUGAGGCACAAGAGAAUUUGAGGGACUCUGUACGAACUAAUUGUGAAGUAGCCCUCGGGUCAAUGAACAAAUGUAUUCCUAUUUGGGGACCUGCUGCAGAAAACUCUGUUUUCAAGGUAACUGUGCUAACCUCACAAGGUCCAUAGAUUCUUAUUUUUAAGAUGUUGAUGUAGGUACAUACUUCCACUACUUUAUUAUUCUCCUGCGGAGUAAAUUUCCCAGUUGGUAGAGGUGGCUAAGCACAUGAAAACGGUUAAACGGGGGUGUGGGAAGAGAAGCCUUGUUAGGAGUGGCAGGAGGGAGCUCCGCAUAAUAGGGAACAAGGGGCGCUUUCUAUGGCAAGGAAACGAUGGGACGGAACAUGUUAGGGUUUGAGAUGUAAGCAAACGAAAUGCGUCGUAAACUUGCUAACAUGAUUGUUUCCCGUUCCACUUAACUACGGAUCAACGUAAUUUUUGCCCGGAAUUCUAGAUAUUUGGACAGAUUCCAUUUACUCAUAUUUACCACCUUAUAGACUGCUUGCAGUCCGCCUUUUCUCUUAAAAUCCGUCUAGUUCUUAUCCCUUACAGUUGACAGAACUUGUGUUUGUAAAACUUGAUUAAAAGCCUUAAAGGUUGCAUAAAAUUGUUGAACAUUACGAUUUUUGAUUGUAGCUCUGUAGGACACAAAUCCUUUCCUCUUUACUUGUAGAGUGAACUUAACCCCUACGCCAUCUUCAAGUUGGCAUAUCUUCACGUUUCCCUACUCCAACGUCGAAAAUAUGGAGAGGGUGCAUUUAGCUGCCCAUAUCAAUGGUAAGUUUGACAAUAUAUUAAGCUAUAACACUACGCAUGAUUACGCCUCAAAUUACGCCUGAGGAACGCACACAGACAUUUCAUACUGACGACCUGUCACUAACCAAAUCGAUUUGGGUUGUGCUUCUGAAUGGACGAAGCAAAUUUCCCUCGCUGCACGACCAAUCAGAAGCACCACCCAGAUUCGGGUAGUGACACAUCAAAAAUGUCGGCUGUUUUUCACGCCAGGCUCACAAACGUACACUUUUACUUCUUCUUUUGUGUAAAUAAUCGACAAAGCUAGUACCAUGACGCGGAUAUUCUUGGUAUAAUUGUGUUACUGAAGGUUUAAGUUAAUAAGUUUUCCGUCUUCUAAAAGGCUUCAAGCGGAUUUGCUAGCAGGUCUACAAGCCUUACGUCACACGUCUCGUGCUUGUAAUUCUUCUUUAUCUCCUGCUGCUGUGGAAGUCAUGUUGGGUCAUGUCACUUACGGUGGUCACGUGACUAAUGGCUUGGACUUGAACGCUGUGAAAUCUAUGGCGAGAUGGGACGCAACUGUGCAAUCAAGACCGGUCAGUUUCUAUAUUUUUUUUGUUUUGUAUGCUGUUUUCCUAGAUUUAAUCAUAUUUCUGUUCAUAUUAGAAUUCUCUUGAUAACUCAAGCUUUGAGUGUGGUGAAUUUUGUUAUCUUACGAACGCUUCUUCUCCGUCCUUUUGUAGGAUCAAACUAAGGAUGUUCUAGAAUACAAAUAUCUUGACAUCUACAUCGACAGCUUACCAGACACUAUAUCAUGUCACGAGCUGGGACUUACUGAGGCUUCAUCCUCUACUUAUCAGGGUAAACUCAGCAGGUAUGUUUUGUACUUCUGCAACCUAAAAAAUGAUCAAUGGAAUGAUAUCUCUGGAGAGCAGAACUCAGAAAUCUAGAAACACAAAGGGUUAUUUCAUAACUGACUGACAGUCGUACUGAGGCAGGUAUUAUUUUAGACUAUGAUCGAAAAAGUGUAAAGCGCCGACGUUAUUAUUGCAUACGUCCUUUUCUGUCAAGAGCGCUUGUGAAAUCGGUCCAAACUUCCAAACUCAGAUUCUUCUUCUUCCUAACGUGGAAUGCAUUGAGACAACAGAUCCUACCCGACGACCCCUUACUACUCCUUAAAGAAUGUUUUUUUUCUCUCUCAUUUCAGUGCCGUUGUGGAUUGUUUAGCUCUUUGCACAGGACUUCAACCUCCACUGCUGUCAAUGGACAAUGAAGUUAAGUUGAUUGCGAAAAAAACAGUCAAUCAAAUCUCCACAAUAAUCGAGUCUGUUAAGUUACAUGACCUUGCACACGAAGCUCCCACGAGUGUUACGUCAUUUAUUCAGAGAGAACUUGCCUUCUUCAAAACUCUAUUGGAGGAAGCGAUGCAGAGUCUCGAACUUCUCAUCAAAGCUUGCUGUGGUCUCAUUGCGUUUACACCGGGUCUUUUUAAACUAGCUUUGUCGCUUGGGCACUGUUGGACCCCUUUAAAAUGGCUAAAUAAGCCAGGAACGGACGUUAGUCUAGCUGCUUGGAUGAUGAAUAUUUCAAAGCAAGUGAAAACGCUCGGUGAAUAUUUACUUUCGUCACCUGUACAUCCACAAUCGUUUUGUCUGGGAGCGUUUGCUCAUCCUCAAGCUUUCUUAGCUUGCGUUCUAAUGGACCAUGCUCGAUCAGCCAUGAAGUCUGUCUACGCUCUAGAGUUUUCGGUCGAGGUAAGCACUUGUCUUUUGUUUCUCUAUGAAUUAGACAGAGGCAGCGUGGCCGGGCGGUUCGGAGCGUUGGACUUGUUAUACGGAGGCCCCAAGUUCAAGUCCCGUUCUGACCGCUAGCCGGAUUUGUUCUCGUUAGUCCCGAGUUUAAAUCCUCGACCACGCUUGUAAACAGCCAGCUGGUUUUCCUCCGGCCAGUUGGGAUUCUUAAUCCUGUUUCAAGUUUGACGUAUAUUAUAUGUUUCGCGUAUUUUGCUCGACCCCACUAGCAUAACUGCUUAAAAUACCGCCGAGUGUAAAAACGGAAUUAUUAUUGUUAGUUGUGGGCAAGUUAAGUGAAUUAAAGGUUUCUACGUCUCAUUAUAAACGCCUUUGAAAAGUAUCACUUUUUUUAGCAUCCGCUUAUGUACCUCUUAGACAACAGUGGUCUAUUUUCCUCGCAGUUAUUACAGCCAGACACUCUCCCUACCUCUCCACCAAGUCGAGGAGUGUAUCUCAGUAACUUGAAGCUGAAUGGAGCAUCAUGGGAUACAGUCUGUAACUGCAUCUCUGAACUUCUCGCCUCAAAUGGGUCCUGCGACCUGCCAAUCAUAUGGCUAAAGCCAGUGGAAGUUAUACGGUCACGUGCACCUUCAGCAAAGAUGGAAAGACAAGGCAAUGAUAUUCCCUUGUUUGACUGUCCGCUGCUAACCGGACAAGACUGGGGAACAGAUUUCUCUACUUUAGUUACCAGUCUUCCUCUACCCUCAGUUGUACCUGGAGAGAUUUUAAAGCAACGAAGGGUAUCGAUUGUAUCGAUGUUGUAAUAAAAGGGUGCAUUCUUAUUGCACGUGUUUAUGUUAGGUUAAACAGUUUACUACUGAAGUGACGUUUUUAACGCUACUGUUAAAGCAAAUUUUAGAAAAAUUGUAUUAUUAG